UUUUUCCUUUUUUUAUUUUUUUUUAUCGUUACGAUAUAUCAACCAUAAUUUGUUUUUGUUCUGCGAUUCAACCUGGCUAAUCGAGCUUCUCUUCUCCUCUUCUCCAACUAGCGGCGGCAACUUCUCCUUGACCGAUAAACAGGUACAAGUUUUUUUACCGUUUGGAAGAUCUCACACUUUCGGUCCUCCAUUAACAUCAUCACUCGCGUGUCUAACAACCACAUACUCCAAAAUUGGGGUCUGAGGUACCUGACGCACACUAGGGGAAUUGAUAUAUCCAUUGCGCGAGGUGAAAUUAAGUGGACUGGUUGACUCUGGUUACUAUCGCUUUAUUGAAUUCAGAUAAAUAAAAGAAGUGAAAGAAAAUGGCAAUUGGAUUGGAGAAAUGUUCUCUUAUGGGAAUCUCUGUUAAUCGUUGCUUGAGAAGCGGCAUUGUAUUUCAUCGACAACUUCUACACAACGGCCCAGACACAGUAGAAGAGCUAUUGGAGAGACACGUAGUGAAGAAAGAAAAGAGUUAUGAUGACGACGAAGAUGAGCUUUUGGCAAGACAACGCCUCACUAGCACCCGCCGAGAGGCUCUCAGCCUCUACAGAGACAUUCUCAGGGCCACCCGUUUCUUCGUAUGGCCGGACUCGCGAGGCGUUUUGUGGCGAGAUAUCCUUAGAGAGAAUGCUCGACAAGAAUUUGAAGAGGCUCGAUUAGAGAGGGACCCGGAGGUCAUCACCAGAUUACUCAUUGGUGGACGAGAUGCCGUUCAGGCUGCCAUUGACAAGCUUGUUGAGAAGCAAAAACAACAGAUAACACAAGAUCAAAGAAAUGGAGAUCAUCGAUGAUAUUGGUAGACCUGUAUGUUGUCCCAAUCUAUGUAAGAGAUGAUGUUUUCCAUUUCCCUUUGUUUUCUAGAUAUAAUGAAACAAGUUUUUUUUUUUUUUUUU